UGUUCGCCUAACCAUGACUGAAAGAUGUCAAACGAAGUUUAUAGAAAAAUUUGAUAAUCAAAAUUAUAUUAUUUACGUCGGUGUUAUAUCAGCUUCUCUCGCCGUUUUAUAUUUCUACAGAUUUCACUUCAUCGCGAUCACUUUGAGUUAUGUGUUGGGAUGUGUGGCUUGUUAUUACGGACUGAAAUCAAACGUACUUCGCGACUACGUGCGGCUGCUAAAGUCCCACUUCUCUGGGAUAGCAGACGAGGGGCGGGAAGACGAUGUGCCAGUCAAGGGUUGUGUCACCUGCGGGUCCCCGGACUGCGCCCGGCAUAACCCGGGAAUGCCCGUGGACCCCUGGGAGGGGCUCCAGAUACACAAGCAACUUGACCAAGCCAUAGAAGAUUUCUACAACACAAUCCUGGACCAGUUCAUCAACACAUGGUACAGCAAGAUCACGCUGCAACCGUUCUUCGUGGAUGAGUUGCGGUACCAGCUCCGAUAUGCUUCUGCCAGUUUACUCAGGAGAGCUCUUAAGGUCGACUACCCGCGCGUGCUGACGUCACGCCUGGUCCCGUGCGCGUUACGUCACUACUCCGUGUGCGCGGGCGCCGCGCCUCCCGCGCCGCACCCCGCCGCCGCCUCCCGCGCGGCCGAGCUGAAGUAUCUACGCAGCGUGACCAGAGCUAUUAUGCCGUAUCUGCUGAAGACUGAUGAGGCUGAAAACCCGUGA